AUGUCAAGUAAAAUCAAAAGCAGGAACAGACUACUAUCGUCACAUAAGAAGUCACUGUUUACAAAAUUAUCAACGAAGGAUGAGUUGUUGGUUUUAAAAUAUCUGAUGGACCGCCCGAGCCUACCUAUAUAUUCACUUGAAGAUCCAUCCAGAAAUGACGUUCCCGGCUCCUCAAAAGGUAAUGGAGAUGGAGUCAAGGACUCUUUUAUGUUAACGUAUCCAGACUAUAUACCAUGGAAGGACCAUACCCAGACGAUAAUGGGGAAACGGUCUCCAGAUCAUCAGGAACCUGACAAUCAUAAUUACUUGAGUAAAGGCUACUUUGAAGCUCCCCAUGUUGGUAAUGAAUACCAUUCGGGUAGAAAUUUGGUCCUGGCUACCUUGUUCAAGUCUAAUGAAAACUGCUUGUCUAUUGUUAAUGAAUUAUCACAGUACCUCACGAAUGCAUACCGGACAAGAAAUGAGAAUAUAAACAAGAUACGAUUCAAUUCGGGCCACUUUAAGAUACCUCAAAAGGUUACACUCACUGCAACUAAAAGAGAAAACUGGCUCAAUGACUUAAGCAAUCCAAAUAUGCUGUUAAAGAAGAUUGGCGAGAAAAUUCCUCAUGGUAUCAGAAGUAAAGUUCUUAUUGAUUCGCUUUGCACAAGGUCUACGCCAAUAGACAGAGCAUUGUGGUUUACAAAAUGCGUCUUGUUUAGUGAACUUUUAGCAUUGAGGCGAAAGUAUCAAUCGAAGUUACCACCAGACUCCAGUUCGCCGGAAAAGUUUGAAUUGCAUUGGCUACAAGAAUGGACUCAGCAGGUCGCUAGCUAUGUAUUCAAAAUGGCACAAGAUAUCAUGCAAACUACUGAUGGUGCAAAGAAGGACACCUAUAUGAAAAAAUUGGGCUACCUUCGAGAAUUGAUUCUGUCCUUGUAUGUGGAAACCUUGUUGGACAAGACCUACUUUCUCUCAUUAAUAUUAAAGCCACUUAGGGAUGGAUUUCCGACUGAUUCUGACGCAGUUAGUGAAUUGAUAAAGAUGCGGCAAAGUGAUGAGGCGGAAGAUUAUGAUGCUUCUAUUCAAGAAGAUCUACAAUGUGAUAUAAAUUACUCUCAGCGGUUUGGCUCAUUAGUCUGGAUUAAAACGUUCUGGAACGACAUUAUUGGUAUCGACUACUUGGCAAAAGAAUUAGGUGAGCUGUUGUUGCUCAACUACUUCUAUAUAACAAAACUAUCGCAGUACCCAAAAUGGUUCUUACCUGAGCACUUGAGAGACAAUUUAACAAAGUCAUUUAGUGACAUGGUGGUUUUCCUUUUCAAGUACAACACAAACGUUUUUGUUAUCCCUAAUAACUGGGCUAUAACUGGGGACUCGUUGGCGACUAUAUUGUUACAGGAGACGUUUACUAUGCAUUCGAGCGAGCUGAAAAAGAUCACCGACCAACUUGAGUUGAUCAACUAUAGAAACGAAAGUUUAAUCAUUAACAUGAGCAAGCAUGAAACUGCUGCAGAGUUGUCAAAUAACAAUGGCCCCCCAAAACCCAUCGUUCCAGUCUAUGGAAAUGCGCAAAAUUUUAGCAGCGAUAAGAGAUACAGAGGAGCAAUGGGCGGCAUGUUUAAGGUCUUGCAGGAUUUGGAUCAACUUCGAUUCAAUGGGAAAAUUAUUCAACGAUUGCAACCUCGCUUAGGUAAUCAAAACAAUGACAAUUGGAAACAAAUUUUGAGAACUGUACUCUUCUGGUGUGUUUCUCCCUGGCGAUACAGCGAAUUUCAACAUGAAAAUAUAUUGGUUGUGUGCAAUUUUUUGAAAAGAGCUUUAUUUGCUCAAGCCGACAAGACGACAAAAGUGGAACUUGAGAACGAAAUCUUGGAAUCUAUAUUUGUUAUUAUAGAAUCGGAAAGGGGAUUGGUUGACAGCAACAAGCUAUAUAUUUUGAUUAAUGAGUUGUACCAAUUAAAGAUUGUUACCAUAGCUUCUUAUAUAAGAAAGCUAAUUGCUUCAGGUGUUUUUUACACGACACCGGGCGAACACUCGUCUCAAGAAGAUGGUGGUACUAGCACUCAAAACCACCUUCAAUGCUUGAUGAACCUUCCCGUCUUAAACAACAGGCAAUGUGAUAGUAUCUUACGAAAAUGGACUACCGAUGGCCCAGAUUUCAAAGCCACAUUUGACUUGAUGAAAGGUCAACUUCAAUCAGAAAUAUUAGACAGGGUUUUCACCAACAGGGAAAUCAUUCUAACUCAUCAAUUUGAAGACAAUUGGAACUCACUUCGAGUUGGAUUAAAGUUCUUACUCGUUAAUUGGUUGACAGACGAGUUCAAGGAGAAACUCACGUCGACACCAAAACUUAUUGUGUUAACACCGGAUGCUCUAUCAAAGAUGUACAAAUUUUAUGCCAUUUCGGAUAAUCUUCCCGUUUUUUUCAAAAUUGUUGUCCAAGCAAUCCUCAGGAAUGAAAGCAGAAUGGCAAUCUUGUAUCUCGAUGGACUUUACUUUAUUUCAAGAUUGAUUAUGAGACAUUUCAAACUCAUAAAGCAAUUUGCCGACUCAUCCAACAGACCUACUGUUGCAAAUCUUUUCCGCUUAGUAAUUCAGAGUUACAAAGAUUUGUGCCAACGAGAAUUUGUCUUGUAUGAUUUUCACCAAGUUUGGAAUUUCGUUGAUUCGGUUACUGAAAAGGACGAAUUGCCUUGCCGGAAACGCAAAUGGGACGCUAGGUCCAGUGCUCCUCAAUUUGGAAUACAAUCGGUGCGAAAAGAUACUUAUGAAACACCAAUGCAAAUACAGUCGGUUGAUUUGGCACUAGACCACACUCCACGGUUAACAGACGCCUAUAGCUCAGAUGAUUUCAGAAACGAUUUAGCAGCAUUGAGGUCCCUGAAAACUAUACCUUUAACUGAGGCUGAGGUGAAGGAACUUAAAGGAAUCGUGGGGGCUGAUGAUCCCGAAUCCUACUUAAACAAUUGGUUUCUUAAAGUAGAUUCAAUUUCUGAAAUUUUGGAGGUGGCUAUUGUAAAACUUUGGAAACACCUCACAAUUGGUGUUGACAUAGAUAAGAUGAGUAACCUCAUUCGAUCCGUUUUGCUUGAUGUUUUGAAUUCAGAUCGUGGAUUAAAUCGGAAGGUCCUCAUGAUCAAAAAAUUGAUAAUAUAUGAUAUAAUUUCAUUCUGCGAUUUUGUUUCACUUAUGGACUCAAACAAAAUGGAUGCUGACUUGUUGCUUCACCAAAUGUUGUUGGAACCCAACUUUUCGGAUAACUCAGAACUAAGUGCUUCACAGUAUCAACUUUUCAAUAUCCAUGUACACUUUUUCAAAGACAAAAACAAGCAGCAGUUUACCAACUUGUUUUUGAGUGGCUUAAGAAUAGGAAAUUUGCAGAGCAGCGGUUAUUUUAUUGAGCAUAGAGAAAUGUUGAAGCGGUAUUUGAGCCAAAAUCUAGUUACCCAUGAUCAGUAUAUCUUUAACGAGCUAUUUGCAAAGAUAAGCCGAGAAGAUUGCUUCGAGUUGUUGAAUCUUUGCUUACAUCGGUCAGGAAAGACAUCUAUUGUGUCACUUUCUGAUUUUGAAAAGAAUAUAGAGGAGGUUAAUGAGUUUAACCUACCAUUCUUCCAAGCGUUGCUUUGUGUUGUAGCAAGAGCCAUAGAUACUGAAGACAAGGCUGCCACAAAGGCUAGAUGGGAAGAAUUCAUUACAAUCUUUUUAAACAAGCCUCGGUCCAUAGAAUCACCUGAAAGCUUCAUAUUUGGGGGUUUGUUCUUUAGAGUUCCUUGGGAGCAUAAAUUGAUAGUGAUGGAGAUUCUCGAGGAGAAAAUCUUUACUCAGACCUCCAUUGACAAUACAUCAAUAACAUUGUCGGUAAACGGAGUUGAUUUAUCCAGGAUUAUUACUGGAUUUCUUGAUAUAUUCUUGUCCAACGCGGUUAGUACCGUUGACUCACCUAGGUCAUUUAUUACUAACUUUACAGAGUUGUUAAGCAAAAUAGAGCAUAUCAUCAACAAGGAGAUUCCUGAUGAAUGCCGCAGCACGCUCAAUACCUUCUUGUCGAUAAUUUUAAAGGUGCUUAUCAUACAUAAACCUUCCCUUUGUACUUUCAUCGCAACUAACCUUAGCGAUGAGUUGGUUAACACUUUUGUGAAGAAAUUGACUCAUAUUUUGAAUUCGAGGUAUAUUAAAAGUGAAAAUGAAAAAUUGAGAGUGCUCUUUCAUGAUCUUUUGCUUUUAAUGAAGAGCUCUGUGACUGAGAAAGUUACAGAAUUAGUUGAACAAAAUUUGCUUACUUCGCUUGGAUCGCCAGAGCAACAGAGUCCAGGUGGAAAUCGGCACAAAGAAUCAACCAUGGUUGAGCUGACUGCAACCACAUCUCAAGUGCAAAGGUUAUUUGACAUUCCUGAACUCGAUAAAGAAAACCCGUUCAAGGGUGAUUUCAAUGAUGGAUUGGUAAGCUGUGCGAUAAUGCUUGGCAAGGAAGAUUUGGUCCAUGGCGGAGACUCCAAUCAUAUUAAUGAUAAUAACCUCAAAUUACAGAUUCCAAAGUCGGAUGCAUUAAAUAUUCCUGCCUUUGUGGGAAACAUUUUAGGCAACGAGAAAACCGAGGAUCAAGAUGGCGCAACCUCGAAAGUUUGUGUUCGCCCUUUCAAGGUCAGAAGCUACGAGUUCAAAGAGAUGAAUCGAGAGCAAGAACUUGAUGAGGUAUCGAGUGUUUCCUCUGAAGUUGGAGAAACAGUACCUCUCCAGACCAUACCCCUGAUCAUUGAGUCGAAUUAUUCCGACCUGAGUGCAGAAACACAAGUAAAUGACGGACAAAAGGCCAAUCAGCAAGAGAAGCCUGGGGACUUGAGCUUCUUGGCCAGCGCAAACUUCUCAACCGAGUCCUUAAACGACAGCCCCCGAGAUACUGCUUUUCAAUUUGGCAGUGUACAGAUGAGUCCAUCGGCGAGAAAGUAUUCAAAUUCUUCACUCAGCAACUCACCAAGAUUAUCCCAUCCGAGCCAACAAUCGAGGUCAAGACCUUUAUCGGCAUUCCUUUUGGACUCGGGAAACUUUAUUGCUGAGGAUGAGAAUGCGCUAGCGUUUGAUAACACGCCGAGGUCCAGGGACUCCUUCACUUUUGGAUUAAAAGCUGAACACAGCCCCAGUUAUCAUGAUCGGGAAAUUCUGCAAUCACAGCCGUACUCUGCGCUGCUGAACAUUCGUCCCCCUUCUCCAACGAGGUCAACUUCUCCUGUUAGGACAAACAGGCACUAUAGAUCCAAAUCACCGGUGAGAAGAUCUUCAUCUCCAAAGAAACUGAAUCCUUUCAACUUCCAACCGCAAGAGAUAAUGCUACAAAACAAUACGUCAAAUCAAUCGUUGCAAGUAAAGCCUGCACACAGAAAGGGUCAUAAGUACAAGCACUCUUCGAUGUCGAUGAACUUAUUUCAAGAACCACCCCCAAUGAGUGCAAAUGAACAGCAGUUGAGAGCAAUCCCUGACCUGUAUCCGGUACCAAACUACAAAGAGGCAUUGGCAUCUGUCAGCAAACAUCAAAAAUCGAGACUAUUUUGGGCAUUGGGCCAUUUUAGUUUAUCUAUUCUCAUAUUUGUCAUUGGGUUCAAAUACGGAUUUGGAUCGCUAUCUACAUUGGCCCAUUUAGUAUUCUAUGACUCUUUGGGGUCUUUAUUUAUUGUACUAGUUGAUAUUAUGUCAAAUUUUGAAGUUUGGAAUAGCUCUUCAAUCGCUUAUCCUUUUGGAUUGGAACGUAUUGAAGUAUUGGUUGGGUUUGCAUUAAGUGCCUCGCUUUUGAUGCUUAGUUUUGACUUGUUUAGUCAUUUCUUUGAAGAAUUUAUCUUGUCAUUGAUAUCUCAUGAUGAGCACCUGGACCAUGAACACUUGUCGCAUCAUGUACACGAAGGACAAGGAAAUUCAACUGCUAAUUGGAUACCUUAUGAAAUGAUAUUGAUACUUACGCUAGUGGUGUCGUUAAUUUCCUCCAAUUACAUCCUCGCUUACGAUAGAAUAAAUGAAAUGUUGACCACCAAUGAAAGCACUGCCAAGAGUAACAGUUCAACAAUUGGAAAUAUUCGUGGGAAUGAGAAUACAUUGAAUCUGCGUGUGUUGAAAGUUUUGGAAGUUUGGAGGAAUUAUCCUACCCAUAUGAUUACAGUCACUUAUGCAUCGUUUCUCAUCAUACUUCCAUUGAUCCCGGAGACUUUUGUUAAAGAGUUGGCUUAUGAUGUGAAUAAGUGUGCAACCAUACUAGUGGCAUGCUUGUUGUUUUACAAUGGUUGGAACUUAGUCAAAACAUUAGGCGGCAUAUUACUCUGCUCAUUUCCAUACUCAAAUUAUGAAUACAACGUGCUAAAGUCUAGAAUCAAGCAAGAUAUUUUAUCAUUGGAAUUCUUUAGAGAGGGGUUCCUGAUUGACAAGCUAUUUAUCACAAAGUUUAAUUACCAAUUGUACGUCAUUGGAGUAUCGAUCAACAUGAAAGGUGCCGAUUCGGAUGAAGAAGUGCGAAUGAGGUUUGAAGUAAACAGAAUUAUACACCGAGAGAUACAGCUGUUGGAUAAUGCUCCCAUUUACAACUAUUCAACAACUUCAGAAUCAUCAACCAAAUCAAGACCAGUAUUUCAUGAAGUUUCCGACGCUACUGAGGAGUCACACACGGGCCAAUUUAUAAACAAGCUUUCUAAACCAUAUACCGUUACUACUUAUGCUCGUCCGAACCUCGUUUUAACUCACGGCAAAGGUUCAUACAUUUACGAUUUAGAAAAUCGAAAAUAUAUUGAUUUUACUGCCGGUAUAGCAGUGACGUGUUUAGGACAUUCCAAUGAAGGGAUAACGGAUAUAUUGAAAGAUCAAGCAGAAAAGCUCAUCCACUGUUCCAAUUUAUAUUACAACUUGCCAGCGGGUGAAUUGGCCAGUAAAUUGAUUCAUAAAACAAAGGAGCACAACGGGUUACACGAUGCUGCCAGAAUUUUUUUGUGUAAUUCGGGAACUGAAGCCAAUGAAGCAGCUUUAAAGUUUGCUAGAAAGUAUGGUAAGUCGCAAGGUGGAGACGCCAAGACAGAAUUCAUCACUUUUGCCAAUUCCUUCCACGGCAGAUCCUUGGGCGCUUUGUCAGUGACACCCAACCCUAAGUACCAGGCUCCUUUUGCCCCAUUGAUACCUGGCGUUCACGUCGCUGAACCCAAUGAUAUUCAAAGUGUAAAGAACUUGAUUUCCUCAGAAAAGACAUGUGGAGUCAUAAUCGAACCCAUACAAGGUGAAGGUGGGGUCAACUCAAUGGAUGAGAGUUUCUUGGUAGAAUUGAGAAAGUUGUGUGACGAGCACGAUGUUUUGCUAAUCUAUGACGAGAUACAGUGUGGGUUGGGCAGAUCAGGUAAGUUGUGGGCACACUCGUACUUACCUCACGAAGCUCAUCCAGAUAUCGUGACUAUGGCCAAAGCAUUAGGUAAUGGGUUCCCCAUUGGUGCUACUAUGAUUACGGAAAAGGUUGAAAAGGUGCUCUCUGUAGGGGAUCACGGUACAACGUACGGUGGAAACCCACUUGGAGCUAGAAUCGGGUCAUUUGUCGUAGAGGAAAUCACCCAAGAACCAUUUUUGCAAAAUGUCAAUGAAAAAUCUGAAAAGUUUGUGUCAAAGUUGAACGAGAUUGCCGAGGCUCAUCCUGAUAAAAUACUAAAAGUCAAGGGCAAAGGUUUGUUGUUGGGCUUGCAAUUUGCCGAAAACGUUGAUAUAAACAAAAUUGUCGAAAAGUGUCGGGAGAAUGGGUUGCUAAUUAUAACAGCUGGAAUGAAUACUAUCAGGUUCGUACCAGCACUCAACAUACCUGAUGAGGCUAUAGUAGAUGGACUUGCUAUCUUAGAACAUUGUAUAAAACAGUAA